GCCCCGAGCAACCGCAACGUCCGGCCUUCCGAGUUAGCGGCGGGAAAGGCCAUGAGUAAAGGCCGGGCGGAGGCCGCGGCGGGAGCCCCCGGGAUCCUCCUGAAGUACCUGCAGGAGCAGAACCGGCCCUACAGCGCCCAGGACGUGUUCGGGAACCUGCAGCGGGAACACGGACUGGGCAAGGCGGCGGUGGUGAAGGCCCUAGAGCAGCUGGCCCAGCAAGGCAAAAUCAAAGAGAAGGUGUACGGCAAGCAGAAGAUCUAUUUUGCCGACCAGGACCAGUUUGCUAUGGUGAGUGAUGCCGACCUCCAAGGCCUGGAUGCCAAAAUCGUGGCCCUCACUGCUAAGGUGCAGAGCUUACAGCAGAGCUGCCGCCACAUGGAGGCUGAGCUGAAGGAGUUAACUAGUGCCCUGACCACACCGGAGAUGCAGAAAGAGAUCCAGGAGUUGAAGAAGGAAUGUGCUGGCUACAGAGAGAGACUGAAGAAUAUAAAAGCAGCCACCAACCACGUGACUCCGGAAGAGAAAGAGCGGGUGUACAGCGAGAGGCAGAAGUACUGCAAGGAGUGGAGGAAGCGCAAGAGGAUGGCAACAGAGCUGUCGGAUGCAAUUCUGGAAGGAUACCCCAAGAGCAAGAAGCAGUUCUUUGAGGAAGUCGGGAUAGAGACAGAUGAGGAUUACAACGUGAAGCUCCCAGACCCUUGAGGGGUCCUCCUGCAGGAUGGGGGCAUGGAAAGAGAGGUCCUGGGCUGGCUGCCUCCUUCAGGUCGGCUUCUUUUUUUUGUUCCUGC